AUGGUAAAGCCAGUCAAUUAUGUUAUAUUGCACAGUAAGCUUUGAAGAUGUAAUCAGCGAGGAUGGAAAUAUACCCAGUCUCUUUUGUUAUUGUGAACAGGGAAGAAAGAUACAUUAUUUUGUCCAUGCAACAGCCAGUACAGAAACGACCAUCAUAAUCAACCGUGCGCAUGCGCCGCACACCCACCCAAACUUGGCGACAGCUGAGCUAGCUAGCGGUAACCGUCGUUUGCUAACAUCAUGGAUGAGUUUCAGACUGGAGAAGAGACUGCCUUUGUCGUUGACGAAGUGAGCACUAUCAUCAAAGAGUCAGUAGAAGGAGCCAUAGGAGGAAAUGCCUAUCAACAUAGCAGAGUGAACCAAUGGACCACCAAUGUAGUGGAGCAGUCCCUGAGUCAACUUAGCAAACUGGGCAAGCCUUUCAAGUACAUUGUGACCUGUGUUAUCAUGCAGAAGAAUGGGGCAGGUCUACAGACAGCCAGCUCGUGCUUCUGGGAUAACACCACUGAUGGAAGCUGUACAGUGAGGUGGGAGAAUAAAUCCAUGUACUGCAUCGUCAGUGUCUUCGGCCUGGCCAUCUGAAUCUACCGCCUGCACUCAAUUACACUACAUGAAUGAACGUUUGUUUUUCCAUUCCGUCCAAACUGAUUGUUAGCAUAAAGCCCAACAUUAUACGUUGGUUAUUCAAUUAUUGCAUCUGAGCUCCUAGAGUGUGCAGCUCUUUUUUUCAAAAAGCCCACCAUACCAAAGUAUUUCUACUGCUUCUAAAGACUUUUUUGCAUCUUGUUUGUUUAGAUUUUACAAGGACCAAUUUGUCAUGUGUUAGGAUUUGUUAGUGACGUUUCAAUAAAUGUUUUCAAUCAUU